AUGCAGCGACUUGUGCAGCGUGACAAGGAAAUGUCCGUAAUGAGCAAGAGACAAGAGAACAAAGAUACAGUCGAUGACGAAAUUGAUGACGAUCUGUCGCUCGAGGGGUUGGAAUUAGCCACGAUGGAGAAGCAGCUGUCGCAAACACCAAUAAAAUUGGCGUCUCUUCCAGCAAAACGGGCGGUGCUAGCGCUUGAGGGCAGCCCAGGAAAGUAUUGCACGUCUGCUCGCUGUAUUAAUCUGCACUCGCACGAUUCACGAAGUCAUAAGAUCAAUGGCUUCACGGAGACGAAGAUUGGCGGCCACAUGCUGGAUUACAAACGUCCGUUCUGUUAUGACUGGCAGCAACAGCUUCAUGGGCCAUUAACGACCUCUGUAUGGAGCGCAAUGGGCUUUCUUGGAGAUUUUCUUACUGAUUCGGUAGUAGCACUUACCGUGCCGUCGUCACAGGCCAGAACAUCAUUGGCUUAUUCGGCACCAAAGCCUGAAGUGUUGGUGUACUCGGCCGUUAAAAUUGGAGGCCAUCCAUUGGACCACGUGCCGUUCCGAUGUCGCGGGUUACCGUCUAGGCCGUUGCUGGGCUAUAUCCCUGAGACUACGAGGCAAGAGAUGUCACCACCGUUCCAGACGUCAGGUCUUUCGUCCACGGCGGUGACGUACAAGAUUGCACCGAAUGUGACGAACUUGUAUGACUGCAGCCGUUGUUUCAGGCUACGGCAGACACCACGAGUACAGCUUUGUUGUGGACAUCCUGUGUGCGCCAAGUGCGUAUCUUCAUGCACGAUGAAACGUGUAGAGUACAGCGGGACGUGUUUUCUGGAGUGUUCACGCUGCAACGACAUGGUGGCCGUUGAAGCUGUUGCAUUUACCAACUAUAUUAUACGAAUGAAACCAGUUUCAGCUGGCACGGUAUCUAUGCUUGAGACGCAAGAGGCACAUGAUAUGUCGACAUCAUUGACAGGUGCUUGGAAACAGGGAGGCGUUCUUGCGGCGCUGUCUUUUAUCGCUGGGAGAUUCGUCUCUUCGAGUAAAAGUUUAAGUAAAGCUCGACGGAAAAAGCUGGAUACUGUUGAGGAUGCCAAAAGGCUGAUAGCGGAGGUAUUGCCAGAUAAAGCAGAAGAACUGCUAGUGGAUGGAGUUGCAGCUCUGUCGAAGGAAGCAGAUAAAGUCGAUGUGAGUAUUGCAAAGGGCCCUGAGCGAUGGAUUAAACGCGUACAAGGUCUGCAACCGCCGUCUAAACUACUGAAGUAUUCUUUUCUGCGCACGUUGGGUGUUGGGAACUUUGCUGAGGUGAUGCUUGUGGAGAAUCGCAAGGGGAAAUUUACUGUACUCAAAGAAAGUGACAAGCUGUCUGAAGCUGCGAAUGAAAUCAGUAUGUUGUCCCGUGUGCGAAGUCCUCACGUGGUGCAGAUCCAACAGUACUUUAUUGAGGAAAUCGGGCACCGCCACUUUGUGUACAUCGAGAUGGAGUACUGCGACGGUGGUGAUCUGCGGCAAAUGCUUGAAGCAAAGGGACGACUGGAGGCAGACACCUUUGACUCGAUGUUUCGCCAGUUGUGUCUCGGCUUGAAAGAAAUCCACCGCCACGGAAUUGUUCACCGAGACUUGAAACCAGGCAAUGUGUUGUUAAUGAGCGAUGGCACAACAAAGAUCGCUGACUUUGGUGUAUCGACGUACUUGGAAAGCGAUCUACUGACGCAUCAUGCUGCUGGUACCCUAGCAUUCAUGGCACCGGAGAUUCGACGAUAUUUUCUGGGAGAAGUUGUGAGUUACGACUCCAAGGCAGACAUAUGGUCCCUAGGUGCUUUAGCUAUAGCCAUGCUAACGGGUAACCCAGAGCCGCGUGUGGCCACUCGUCCAGUUGAAGAGCUUCUAGAAGAGUUGAAAGAGCAAUCACUAGAUGAGAAGUACACAAUGUUGGUAGAAGGUAUGCUUGCUAUGCACCCGGCAGAUCGGAUAUCACUCGAAACCCUGCUCACAGCAUUCCCUGCAAUGAGUUCUCGGUUGUAA